ACUGGUACCCAGGGCUGCAGCGCGGCGCGGAUUCCGGCCGAGGCAGCCCGGAUCCUGAGGGGAGCCCAAGACCUGAGAAGAAGCGAGUCAGACGCGUGGGGCGGCUACUCUGCACAUCCUGGGGCCUUGGAACAAAGCUGCGCCCUGAGAUGGGCAUGGAGAUGCACUUAGAGUUCUGCGGGAGGAUAUUCACGAUGUGGAAAGUCCUUUUCCUCACUAUGCUGACUCUGGCGCUGGUCAAGUCACAGGACACCGAAGAAACCAUCACAUACACGCAAUGCACUGACGGAUAUGAGUGGGACCCUAUACGUCAGCAGUGCAAAGAUAUUGAUGAAUGUGACAUUGUCCCAGAUGCUUGCAAAGGUGGAAUGAAGUGUGUCAACCACUAUGGAGGAUACCUCUGCCUUCCUAAAACAGCCCAAAUUAUUGUUAAUAAUGAACAACCUCAGCAAGAAACGCCAGCAGCUGAAGCAGCCUCAGGUGCAAGCACUGGAGGCGUUUCUGCCAGUAGCAUGGCAGCCAGUGGAGUGGUGCCUGGCGGUGGUUUUGUGGCCAGCGCUGCUGCAGUCGUAGGCCCUGAAGUGCAGACUGGCCGAAAUAACUUCGUCAUCCGGCGGAACCCAGCAGACCCUCAGCGCAUUCCCUCCAACCCUUCCCACCGGAUCCAGUGCCCAGCAGGCUAUGAGCAGAGCGAGCAUAACUUGUGUCAAGACAUUGAUGAAUGUGUCACAGGAACACACAACUGCAGAGCGGAUCAGGUGUGCAUCAAUUUACGGGGCUCCUUCACGUGUCAGUGCCUCCCAGGGUACCAGAAGCGGGGAGAGCAGUGUGUAGACAUAGACGAAUGUGCAGUGCCUCCGUACUGCCAACAAAGAUGUGUGAACACACCAGGCUCAUUUUAUUGCCAGUGCAGCCCCGGGUUUCAGUUGGCGGCAAACAACUACACCUGCGUAGAUAUAAAUGAGUGCGAUGCCAGCAACCAGUGUGCGCAGCAGUGCUACAACAUUCUUGGGUCAUUCAUCUGUCAGUGUAAUCAAGGAUAUGAGCUGAGCAGUGACAGACUCAACUGUGAAGACAUUGAUGAAUGUAGAACCUCCAACUACCUAUGUCAGUACCAGUGUGUCAAUGAACCUGGGACGUUCUCAUGUAUGUGCCCCCAGGGAUACCAAGAAGUAAACAGAAUAUGUCAAGAUAUAAAUGAAUGUGAGACCACCAACGAAUGUCGAGAGGAUGAAAUGUGUUGGAAUUAUCAUGGUGGAUUCCGUUGUUACCCACGAAAUCCUUGUCAAGAUCCCUACAUUCUAACAACAGAGAACCGGUGUAUUUGCCCAGUCUCAAAUGCUAUUUGCCGAGAACUGCCCUAUUCCAUAGCCUACAGAUACAUGAGCAUCAGAUCUGACAGGGCUGUACCAUCAGAUAUCUUCCAAAUACAAGCCACAAGUGUCUUUACCAACACCAUCAAUACUUUUCGGAUUAAAUCUGGAAAUGAAAAUGGAGAAUUCUACCUAAGACAAACAAGUGCAGUGAGUGCAAUGCUUGUGCUCGUGAAGCCACUGUCAGGCCCAAGGGAAUACAUCGUGGACCUGGAGAUGCUGAUGGUCAGCAGUAUAGGCACCUUCCGCACCAGCUCCCUGUUAAGAUUGACAAUAAUCGUGGGGCCGUUUUCAUUUUAGCCUUUUAUAAGAGUCUACCGCAGGCAUUUAAACCAGCCAAAGAAUAUUGUUACUUUAAAGCACUAUUUUAUUUAUAGAUAUAUCUAGUAUAUCUACAUCUAUAUACUGUACACGCACCCAUAAUUCAAACAAUUUCACCAUGGUAUAAAGUGGGCAUUUAAUCUGUAAAGAUUCAAACUUUGUCUUUAUUGUUAUGUGUAAAUUAGACAGUAAUCCACUAAACUGGUCUUCUUCAAGAAAGCUAAGCAUGCAUGAUCCAACGAAACUUGGAUUCUUUCCUGUAAAAAUGGAGCCAAGAAAUAACGCUCUUCCACGUGCUCACGGGAAGUGAGGGCAGCUCCACUGCCAGUCUUCCAGGCAAGCAGCCCACGGCACUGAGGAGCACACAAGGGCAAGGAUGAGUUUUUUAGAUGCUUUGUAAGAAAAUGGAAAAUGUCAAGAUAUAUUUCUUUAGAAAAUGAGAAGUUACCGUAUUUAUGCUUAUCUUUAUUUUCAUGAGUCUAAAGGUGGUUUCUGUAGGUAUUUUACAUUUUGUGAGGAUUCCCAUAAGUAGAAAAACACAAUAAAUAAAAUCUUGCAAAAUGAACCAAGUGUCCUGCAGACAAAUAUUCUAUUAAGAAACCUAUGGAGAAGAACUAAGAAAAAUAGUUUUCUAAACCACUUUGGAGUUGACCUGAAGGAGUAAAUUCAGUAAAUACAGUAACAUCCUUGGAGUUAGAAUUACUACAAGAUGCAGAGGAAAAUGGGAAAAGGAUAUUUCACUGGACAAGUUUUAUUUCUUAAUAAAGUGAAAAUUUUAAUACUUCACUAAUUUAUAAGAAAAAAGUUUUAUCUUUGUAUUUGAUGCUCAUAGAGGAAGAAAAUUAUGAUGGUUCUUACUCCUGGCACUCAGCAGCAGUAAGCAAAAGAAAAUCUCUCCAUCCCAAUUCUAUGAAAACAUUUUAUGUCUUAUUUGUUUGAAAUGUAAUUGAUUCACUUUAGUGUGUCAUUUUUUAAAUAAAAAUAUUCUUUCUAAAAGAUCACCCAAUCUUUGGAGGUUUUUUACUGUAGCCAGAAUAGCUCAUAUAUAACUUUUAGAUCUGGGGAAAAAACAGUUAUAGCUACCAAGGCAAAAUCAACUGGUUCCAUUGUUGAAAAAAACUCUCAUACCUACAAGUUCUAGUGGGAACUACCACAGAUUUACUUUACGUCCUUAUGGAUUUGUCUUUCGGGACAUUUUGUAUAUACAAGAUCAUAUAAUAUUUAGUCUUUUAUGUCUAGCUUCUUUCACUUAUAUUUUCCAGACUCAUCCUUGUUUGUAUCAGUACUUCAUUUGUUUUUGUGACUGAAUAAUACUCCAUUUUAUAGAUAUACCACAUUUUGUUUAUCCAUUCAUCAGUUGAUGGAUGUCAGUUAAUGGGUUGUUUCUGCCUAUAGUUUCUUUUAUCUUGGUUAUCAAAAGAAACUCAUUGCUGAACCACUCAUUCACUGAUUUCACACCUAAAUUCACUCAUCUUUAGUUUCCUUUUGUAAAAGCAAGUAAACAAAGGGUUUUUUAAUUAUGGGAACAAAAUACUUGGAAAGAACUUUGAGAUGCUAACAUAUGAAUGUGUUUCUAUGUACAAUCAUCCUCAAUAAAUAUGACAAUCUUAUGGUCUCUUUUGGUAAUUUGAAGUUCAAAAUAAAUAUGAUGAUCAAAACCAA